AUGGCUACGUACAAAGAAAUGCCAGAUUUCGAUGUCAUCAUUGUCGGUGCCGGAAUCUCUGGCAUUAACUUUGCUUACCGUCUGCAAGAGCGCAGCCCAGAGCUCAGUUACUCUAUUCUCGACGGCCGACACGAAAUUGGAGGGACUUGGAGCCUAUUUCAGUAUCCUGGUAUUAGAUCGGAUUCGGACCUCUAUACUUUCGGCUUUGCGUGGCGCCCCUGGACAGGAAAGGACUCCAUUGUUCAUGGCUCUAUCAUUCGCCAGUACCUUGAAGACUCAGCCGCCCAAGAAGGCAUCGAUAGGAAGAUACGCUUUCGCCACAAGGUGAACAAGUUGAACUGGUCAUCCUCGUCUAAUAUGUGGGACUUUGACAUCGCCGUCAACGACACGAAAAUGAUGUCUUUGAGGUCUCGCUUCGUCUUCCUCGGCACAGGCUACUAUGACUAUCAGGAACCACUACAGGGGGAAAUUCCUGGGAUACACAAUUUCCAAGGCAAGGUCAUUCACCCCCAGUGCUGGCCUGCUGAUCUCGACUACGCCAACAAGCAGAUCGUCAUUAUUGGAUCUGGCGCCACCGCUAUCACACUACUUCCGUCCCUCGCCACAAAUGCUGCGCACGUAACCAUGCUCCAGCGCUCGCCGUCCUACAUCGCGUCCCUUCCCUCCCGGGGAGUUUUUGAAGCCAUUGUUUCAAACAUUCUACCCCGAUUUGCGGCCAAUCGAGUAUUACGCCUUAAAUGGAUGCUUUUCUCAUUAUUCAUGGUGUCAAUGUGCCGUCUUUUCCCUCGUGCAGCCAAAUCUUUCUUCCUCCGGGAGACAGCCAAACUUCUGCCGCCAGGCAUAAGCCUAGAGCCGGAUUUCGUGCCUUCGUACAAGCCAUGGGAGCAGCGCUUGUGCCUUUGUCCUGACGGCGACUUUUACGCCUCAAUUCGGAGCGGAAAAGCAAGCAUCAAUACCGAUACAAUUGAAACUAUUACUACGUCCAGCAUAAAGCUCGCCUCCGGGAAGGAGCUCCAUCCUGAUAUCAUCGUGACAGCGACUGGGCUUAAGCUACGCAUGGCAGGUGGUAUCGCCAUUACCAUCGACGGCGAGCCGUAUGAAAUAUCGGACCACUUUGCUUGGAGGGCUGCCAUGAUGGAAGGUCUGCCUAACUUGGUGCUAUCAAUUGGAUACGUCAACGCAAGCUGGACGCUGGGGGCAGACUCAGGGGCACAGUUAGCGUGCCGCUUGCUGACCCGGAUGAGGAAAGAGGGCGUAUCGGUAAUUGUGCCGCGAAUGACGGUGGAGGAGAGGCAGGCAUUAGAAGAAUGUCCAUUUUUGGCAUUAUCUGCGACCUAUGUGAGGAAAGGGGGAAAUGUGUUUCCCAAGUCUGCGUUUACGGCUCCGUGGCAGCCGCGUUCGUACUACUGGAGGGAUCUAGCCAUCGCGCGAUGGGGCGAUGUCAAGAAGGGCAUGCAGUGGUUGAGAUAG